UACAGCGUCAGUUGUUGCUGUUGAAAGGAGAAAAUUGACGGCCUAAUGUUGUGGAGAAAGAUUUUAAGAUUUUCUCUGUUUUUUCUUUGCAUCUGGUCAAAUUUUGAUUGUCAGUGUUCUGGUGCAAUGAAAAAGAUCAUAGAAAAAGUGGCAUCAUAUACACCUGAAAAAGAAACAGCAUGCGUGAUGAGAAACGAGAAACGAGAGAAUUUUUUUGAAGCUGCUGACCUCAGCAAUGACGUCAACUCUGCAAAUCACGUGCUAAGGUCAGUCCCAGUGCCCACUGUGUUAUCUUGUGCACUGGAGUGCCUGACCAACUCUGACUGCAAGUCAAUACUCGUGAAAAAACAUCAUCAGAAGAAUGGCAGGAACGAGCCCUAUGAGUGUCACUUGGUAUCUGGAAGAACCUUUCAUGUAUUGACAGACACUUCAACAGCCAAUGACCUUCUGUACUUUGUCAGGAAGGAUGCAAUAUCAUGCUGAAAUUGUCGGCAAAAGUAUAGAAAAUAUCAGUGUAUUUAUACGAAUAGAUCAAUUCCCUACAACAGGAACUCUUCACUUUUGGUACAAUGUGUUGCUAUUUCAGUUAGACUAUGCAUGUCAUUCACCAGAGGAUAAUUUCUUUGUUUAACGGUUGUUCCUCUUGAUACAAGCAAAGAAUCUUAUCCUCAGAAGAAUGCACGUGGUCUGAAAUCAAAAAAAGAACGUUACUCCUAAGGUAAAAAUGGUUUUSCCAACUAUCAUAAUAAUAUAAAAUAACCAUUUAUGAUAUAAUUUUAAUGUUGCUUAGAACGGAUUGUAUUGCGCACGAUUCAAGCUGUAGUCCUGCCCUUGCGCAUGUGCGAUGUUCCUCAGGAGACCGAAAAUGACGCCUAUUAUAAUAUUAACCUAUUCUUCUUUAAUAAAAACGACCCUUUCCAGACUGUAAGGUGAAAAUGAGCGCCGUUUCAAUAUAAUGAAACAAAAAGUUUCACUGUCGUGAAAACUUGCGACUUAAUUAAUUAACAUAAUUCUGUUCCUCCAGACGUAUAAUAACAUAAAUAUCUACAUUAUAUACUGCAA